AUGUCUCGCGGGAUGCGCUCGGGGGUGGCGCGCGGCGUCGAUGCGGUCCCGAAACGAGCUCGGCGGGUGGGACGGGCGCGGAUGUCGGGAGAAAGGGGUGGCGCGGGGGGGGACGCGCGGGCGGAUGUCUCGCGGGACGAAGACGGCGUCGUCGUCUUCGUGAAUAAAAGAUCGGGUGGACGACGCGGGCGGGAGGUGUUGAAGAGAAUGCGAGAUGUUAUGAAGGCUCCGCAUAGGGUUUUCGACGCGUCGACGGUGGAACGAGCGAUCGAGCGGGGCGACGUGCGUUGGAACGACGACACGCGCGGGCUCGUCGCCGGCGGCGAUGGAACCGUCGCGCUCGUGGCGGACGCGCUGCGCACGCACGGUCGCGAACCGCCACCGAUGGCGAUCGCGCCGUUGGGCACCGGAAACGAUCUCGCGCGGGUGUUGGGUUGGCUCACAGUCUGGGACGACGCGAGACUGUUUGAUCAAGAGCGCGUCGUGAGCACGUUGCGCAGAGCGCGUCUCGAGCGCGUCGAUCGUUGGGCGCUCGACAUCGAGCGCCCGAAACGAUCGAAACACGCGAGCACCAGUAAGUCGUUCGUCAAUUACAUGGGCAUCGGCGUCGACGCGCGAGCGGCGUUGGCGUUCGAUUUGGCGAGGAAAAAUAACCGCUGGACGUGGUUAUUCUUCCACGAGCUCACGAACAAGCUCUUGUAUGCGGUUUUCGGCGCGAGAGAUUUCGUCGAGCACAGUUUCAAAGAUUUGAGAGAUGACGUCGUCGUCACCGUUGACGAUCGCGUGGUGGAUUGGUUCCCCGAGGACACGGAGGGAAUCAUAUUGCUAAACAUCAACUCGUUCUCGGGCGGCGUUCGAAUGUGGUCGUCCGCGUCCGCGUCCGGGGAUUCACAGAGUGGUGAAUCGUUUCAAAAAUCUCGAAAAGACGACAAACUACUCGAAAUAGUCGCCGUGACGGGAGCGCUACACUUGGGACAGCUGAACGUGGGCGUGGCCAAGCCUGUGCAAAUCGCCCAAGGCUCGAGAGUGCGCAUCGAGCUCAAGCGUAAACUUCCCGUCCAAAUCGACGGCGAACCGUGGAUGCAGCGCGCGCCGGCGACGUUGAAGAUUUCAGUGAAAGACUCGUUUCAAAUGUUGGCUCGACCGCGGCGCGAUCGCAUGGUGGACCUACUCCAACGAUGGCGUUCGCAAACGUCGAGCUACGACGAGGAUGAGAGCGACGACAAACGCGGUGGCGAGCGACGGAGAAAACGACGAGAAACCCUCCGUCGAUUUCUCGUGACGACGAUUCGAUUCGCGAUAUUCGCCAUCGCGUGCGUCGCGUUCGUGCGGUGGUUGCUGCCAUCCGCGGCGACGCGGUGGUUCUCGCGCGCGUAG